UCAUGUCCGAUGUAUCUUCAUUUCAAAAACAGCUAACAGCGAUUAGCCACGUCAUGUAAAGUUAGCGCUGUAGCGCUUUCACUGUCAAGGAACACCGCGCUUCGCGUUUCGCUGGAGUACAGUGGUCGGGUUCGACUAGCACUUUCACCGUAUCGCCUCGCUCGCCAUCGUAUGGGAACAUGUCGGACAUUGGGGACUGGUUCCGAAGCAUCCCCCUCAUCACCCGGACCUGGUUCGCUGCCUCCAUUGCAGUCCCCCUCGUUGGGAAGCUAGGGCUGAUCAACCCAAUGAAUCUCCUCCUGUCCCCGACCUUGUUCUUGAACAGAUUCCACCUCUGGAGGCCUGUGACAGCAGCCCUAUAUUUCCCGGUCUAUCCUAACACUGGGUUCCUCUUCCUGGUCAACAUGUACUUCCUGUACCAUUAUUCAACACGAUUAGAAACAGGGGUGUUUGAUGGCAGACCCGCAGACUACGCCUUCCUGCUACUUUUUAACUGGAUCUGCAUUGUUAUUACUGGGCUGCUUUUAAACAUGGAGCUCCUUAUGAUCCCUCUUAUUAUGUCUGUCCUGUACAUCUGGGCUCAGUUUAACAAGGACACGAUAGUCUCUUUCUGGUUCGGCACGAGGUUCAAGGCACAUUACCUGCCGUGGGUGAUCUUGAUUUUCAACUACCUUAUCGGAGGCUCGUUUGUGAACGAGCUCAUAGGAAACCUGGUGGGUCACCUUUACUUCUUCCUGAUGUUCAAGUACCCCAUGGACCUGGGUGGACGCUCCUUCCUCACAACACCAGAGUUCAUGUAUCGGUUCUUGCCCAACAGAAGAGGAGGAGUCUCUGGGUUCGGAGCCCCUCCCAGCCGGAGACCAGCUGCCCCUGAGCAGGCGGCCGGCGGAGGGCGACGCCACAACUGGGGUCAGGGUUUCCGCCUCGGUGACGAUUGAUGAGUAGACCCUGAUCUUAAACCCCAUCGAUCAGUCGGGUUGAAAAAAAAAAAUGCAGAUUUUUAGUCUCAUUGAAGUAAACAGAACAAAUAUUUUAUUACGGAGCGGUGUUGUGUUUCACCACGGAGAACAGCCGGACUGAAGACGAGAUGUUUUCUGAGUCUUGAUGAAGUUAUAUAUUGUAAUCCCUUCUCUUUAUUCAUUCAGUCAGGAGAUAUGUGGCUUGUUAAUUUGACAUUCUCACCCCACUCCACCUCUGUGAUGCCAUAUCAGAUUACUUUAUAAUCUGCACUACAGAGAGCGCUGCUCUUGAACGCCUCCUCCUUUUGUUAGUAAGAAACCGAUGAGCUCUGGAUUGAAUAUACAUGUGUGUAAAAUAUUUUGAGUUCUGUGUGAUGGAUUAUCUUUUUGACAGCUGAGAUGUAUCUGAUCUUUUUUGUAAAUAUAACAGUUAUUUACAAGA